CCUUGCCAAACGCGUGCGAACCAUCGCGAUUCACACGCAUCGCUUCGAGGAGAGAGGUUCCCGCCUUGGUGGAAGACAGACACAAGGAGAAAGGUCGAUACUCGGCUCCGACCCUAGGAAACGAAGUAUGGAGAAAGAGCUGUUGACGAGGCUGGAGUCCGCCGUGGCUCGGCUGGAGGUGCUCUCCGUAGCGCCACCCGCCCCCAAGGCGUCGUCCAGAGGCAUUUCCCACGAGGCGGUGCUGGAUCCGUCCAUCUCCGCGCUCGACGACCUCGUUUCGGGUUUCUUGGGACGGGUCUUGGAAGCCGCGGGUAAGAUCGGUGGGGAGGUUCUCCACGCUACGAAGGUGGUGGAGGAGGCGUUCUCGGUGCUUAAGCUGCUCAUCGUCGAGUCCAAGCACUGCCAGAAUCCAGGUGUUGCCGGUAUGGCAGCUUUUUUGAAGCCACUUAAUAAUGUGAUCGCCAAAGCCAAUUACCUCACUGAAGGAAAACGAUCUGAAUAUUUCAAUCAUUUGAAGGCAGUUGCUGAUGGUUUAACAGCUCUGGCUUGGAUAGGUUACACAGGAAAAGACUGUGGCAUGAGAAUGCCAAUCACACAUGUGGAAGAAAGCUGGCAGAUGGCAGAAUUCUACAGUAAUAAGAUUCUUGUGGAGUAUAAGAACAAGGAACCAGAACAUAUAAAUUGGGCAAAAUCAUUGAAGGAGUUGUAUUUACCUGGCUUGCGUGACUAUGUAAAGAACUUCUACCCCUUGGGUCCUGCUUGGGGUACAUCUGUGUCCGUGCUGCCAUCAUCUUCUUCAAGCUUAAAAGCUCCUACAUCAAACAGCCCUAGUGCACCACCACCUCCAACAGGUCCACUUAUUUCCCCAGGAACUGUACAAUCACGUCCUAGAGAAGGAAUGUCUGCUGUCUUUGAAGCAAUCAGCUCAGGACAAUCAGUAACUGCUGGCUUGAGAAAAGUUACAGAUGACAUGAAGAGUAAAAACCGAGUUGAUAGAACUGGUGUAGUGGUGUCAGUUGAAAAAGGUACUCGUGCCAGUUCCAUUACAAACACCAAAGUAUCCUCCAAGUUGGAGCUCCAAAUGGGACGCAAAUGGGCAGUUGAAAAUCACAUUGGAAAUAAGAACUUGAUUAUUGAAGAUUGCGACACAAAGCAGUCUGUAUACAUAUACGGGUGCAAGGAUUCAGUUUUACAAGUCAAAGGAAAAGUGAACAACAUAACUGUUGAUAAAUGCACCAAGAUGGGGGUCUUGUUCACGGAGGUUGUAGCUGCUUUUGAAAUCGUGAAUUGCAAUGGUGUUGAAGUGCAAUGUCAGUGUUCUGCACCAACUAUAUCGAUAGACAAUACUUCGGGCUGCCAAUUGUAUCUGAGCAGUGACUCACUUGGAGCUUCUAUAACUACAGCUAAGUCAAGUGACAUUAAUGUAUUGGUCCCAGGCGCUGGUCCUGAUAAUGACUGGGUAGAGCACCCAUUGCCCCAGCAGUUUAUCCACGCUCACAAAGAUGGCCAGUUCACAACAUCACCAGUCUGUCAUUCUGGAGCUUGAACAUUUUUUUUACUACGCCCCUCGAAAAUAACACGUAUUCUGGAUUUGUUGGGAGUUCAAUAUUGUUGGUUGAUAAAGCAUGACAUGUCAUUUUGUUUACGAUCUACUCUUGUUUUUUUUUCUCUCUCCGUGAAGGAGAAUUCGUCUAUGUUUCAUGACGAGUAUACCAGUCACUGGACUUUCUCAAAGCUUCUCUGUUCCCAUUUUGGCAUUUUAUUGUUCUGUUUUAAUGGUUGAAGGUGUCAAA